ACUUGCAGUAUGUCAGAAUUGCAAUUAUAUUGUCUCGAAGCUGGUUGUAGUCCAACCAGAGGCUUGCUGUCCGAAUUUUCUCGCUUGUACCCAACUCGAUGGCUGAUGAGCGGACUGGCUCAACAUUCACAUGGCUUAACUCACCACUUCGCAGUCGGCAGCAGGUGAAAACACUUGUCAGGACAGUUCAAAUCCGUAGUUGGUACAGAUAUAAUCCCUCUGCACCACCGCCACAAAAAAAACCAACUGUCAAAUGGCGAGAUAUGUCAUCGGCCAUUUUUGGUGGCAAGCGCAAGCGAGGGAAGGGAGACGACAAUGACAGUGAAAAUUCUGAUGUGGAUGACGAUUUUGCAGAUGAAGCACCUGACAAGCCAGACGUGGAGAACAACGACUCAGAGUUAGAUGUCACUGACCCCGAGGAUAUAGCUGAAAAUGGCUCAAAAAAAGCGGAUUCUUUUGACGGCGAGGCUUUCGAUGCUGCCAGUAUCAUCAAUCUUGACUCCACGACGCUAGCUGAUGUGCUUGCUGACAAAGAUUUGGCACCCGCAGCACCGAAGAACACUGUCACUCUUCUGCCAGCAAGCACUUUGGUGCAAGAGAAGGUCUUGACUGAAGCAGACUGGGACAUGACAUAGAGUGUAGGAUAGAUCUAGACUUGUAAAUCAAGCUAAAUUUUGCAAAAUGCACCAUGGAUCA